UCGCAAUCCGUCAUUUUCGCACCGAAUUACAUAAAAGUGUAGUGGCAGCGCUGAAAAACACUUCAUAUCCAGAGAAAAUUAUACUCGAUUUUCCGGAUUUAUCUCCGCCCGAACGAUGGCAUCGUUACUCCGUUCGAUUUCCGCCGUUGCCCGUAGCGGUGUCCUGAGCGGAAAUGUUCUGACUCGCUCGGCCGCCGUCGUCCCAUCAUCUAUCGUGCGAUUCAAGUCGGAAGCUGCUGCCGAAUCCCGACCAACCGUCCGCAAACCGGAUACGGUAGCCCGUGCCGAUCUGGCCGACUUCGGCAAGUAUGUUGCCGAAUGUCUGCCCAAAUACGUGCAGAAGGUGCAGUUGACUGCCGGUGACGAGCUGGAAGUGCUGAUCGCUCCGGAGGGUGUUGUACCGGUGCUUCAAUUCCUGAAGGAUCACCACCAGGCACAGUUCGCAAACCUCGUCGACAUUGGUGGCAUGGACGUCCCCAGCCGUCAGUAUCGCUUCGAGGUGAUUUACAACAUUCUUUCGCUUCGCUUCAACUCCCGCAUCCGCGUCAAAACCUACACGGACGAGUUGACGCCGAUUGACUCGUGCAAUGAGGUGUUCAAAGCUGCCAAUUGGUACGAACGCGAAAUCUGGGACAUGUACGGUGUGUUCUUUGCUAACCAUCCCGAUUUGCGCCGGAUUCUGACCGAUUAUGGUUUCGAGGGACACCCGCAGCGUCGUGACUUCCCACUGAGCGGUUACGUCGAGCUGCGGUACGACGACGAGAAGAAACGUGUCGUUUGCGAACCGCUCGAGUUGGCGCAGGAGUUCCGCAAGUUUGACCUCUCGGCACCGUGGGAGCAGUUCCCGAACUUCCGCGAUGCUAAUCCGGCCACCGAAGAGGUGCCAACCAAGCCGGAGGAGACGAAGUAAGCGAUCUAGGGGGUCUUUGUAUGUAUAUGCAAUUUUCGAUGAUAUGAUAAAUGUAGACGUUGAUUGAACGAA